CAGAAAAGGUAGAAUAAUUUUUUUGUAAGUAGCCAGUAAUUACACAUUGAAUUUUCUUUUUUAAGAAAAAUUACUAUUUAGGAAAGAAUCUUCUGGUAUCUUAGUUGCAACUAUUUUUUUCCCUUAAAAAAAUUACCAAUGUAUUCACUAUUAUCGGAAGAAAUACCUCUCACUGACUACCAAAUCAGACUCUCAAAUAGUGACUUAUGUUAUGUAAAUGCUGUCUGUGAUAUAUAGAUAUAAAAAAUGAAAUUGUAAGAAUCCGUGAAUACGCGAUUAUUCUACUGUGCAGAAUAAUCCCUUUAGCAUAGGGUAGAUGGUGGAUGCACAGAUAAGACCUAAACACAGAUAAUUAAAGAUGCAAUUUCUCCCCCAAACUGGAACUGGUAGGGUUCCAGCUUAGCACUGGUGGCCACCACUUCUGAGCCAUUGAGAAAGAGAUUGUGAUAUAAUUUGGAUGCUCUGUAUACAAGACUGAAGGAUAAUAGAUGAAAAAAAAAAAAAAAAAAGCCAGACACAAAACGAUUACAAUUAACACAUGGCCUUUCUCUUUUCCAUAAUCAUUUGGCUCAUUACCGUAUGUUCAUCCAACUUUCCCACUAACAAUUUUAGUUCACUUUCCCACCAACAAUUAUAGUUCACUAUGUCCAGUAAGGCUUUACGCUGAAAAACCUUGGAACUGGUAUUGCCCUGUCAUUCUUACUAGGGUCAGAACCAUGGGACUUCACAGUAACACACACACACACACACACACACACACACACACACACACACACACACACCCGCCUUCCUUUCUGAAUCCAUCCAGGCAUCAAAAAUAGAAAAGAGGCAAAAGGCAAAGACCAAGAUGAAUUUAUGCAGGUUACUGUCUAAAGGCAGUUUAAUAUUUAUGAAAUGUCACACACAUACACACACACUCACACUCUUUAGGAUCCAGUUACAAGCGCUGCGUCAUCCGCCAGAUCACAUGGUAAUUGUUGCUAUUUCAGGGAUCAAGUGGCAUAAAGCUCCCCCCCACCCCACCCCCUUCCCUUGGUACCAUAUAGCGUGGAAGAGUGAGUUUUGUGUGAUGGAGUGGGACUAGGCUGUCUGAUCCAACCCUCUGCUAGCAACUCGACUGUCGGUGGGGUGGCGCGCGCGUAUUCUCACGAAGUGACUAGGAAAGGGGGGCGGGGGAGGGGGUCUCAGGGGAGGAAGGGCAGCUCUAAUUGGUUUCUCAAUGAAAGAUAAUCACCUACUCCCCAGAGAGACUGGAGAUUAGCACUCUGCCUCUCCUCUCCAUCGCUUUUAGACUUCUCAUCCUCCCCUCCGUGCUUUUAGUCCAUUCAGCAGAAGCGGAUCGAAGCAGGAGGCUCCCCGCGCCGCAUUAGGGGCGCACUCCGCCGCGCUCGAGUACUUAGCGCCCAUUCACUCGCUCACCCGCGCCCUCCGCUCCCGGCUGCCGUCCCAGCCGCCGUCGCCGCCGCCGCCGCCGCCGCCGCCGCCGCCCGAGAAAAAGUUUCGCGGAGGGGCUCAGUGAAAAAAUGAGCGAGCUAGAGGAAGACUUUGCCAAGAUUCUCAUGCUCAAGGAGGAGAGGAUCAAAGAACUGGAGAAGCGGCUGUCAGAGAAGGAGGAGGAAAUUCAGGAGCUGAAGAGGAAACUCCACAAAUGCCAGUCGGUGCUUCCCGUGCCCUCGACCCACAUCGGCCCCCGGACCACCCGGGCGCAGGGCAUCUCGGCCGAGCCGCAGACGUACAGGUCCUUCCACGACCUCCGACAGGCAUUCCGGAAGUUCACCAAGUCCGAAAGGUCCAAGGAUCUUAUAAAGGAAGCUAUCCUUGAUAAUGACUUUAUGAAGAACUUGGAGCUGUCACAGAUACAGGAGAUUGUGGAUUGUAUGUACCCAGUGGAGUACGGCAAGGACAGUUGCAUCAUCAAAGAAGGAGAUGUGGGGUCACUGGUGUAUGUCAUGGAAGAUGGUAAGGUUGAAGUUACAAAAGAAGGUGUGAAGUUGUGUACCAUGGGUCCAGGAAAAGUGUUUGGGGAGUUGGCUAUUCUUUACAACUGUACCCGGACAGCGACCGUCAAGACUCUUGUAAAUGUAAAACUCUGGGCCAUUGAUCGACAAUGUUUUCAAACAAUAAUGAUGAGGACAGGACUCAUCAAGCAUACCGAGUAUAUGGAAUUUUUAAAAAGUGUUCCAACAUUCCAGAGCCUUCCUGAAGAGAUCCUCAGCAAGCUCGCUGAUGUCCUUGAAGAGACCCACUAUGAAAAUGGAGAAUAUAUUAUCAGGCAAGGAGCAAGAGGGGACACCUUCUUCAUCAUCAGCAAAGGAACGGUAAAUGUCACUCGUGAAGACUCACCAAGUGAAGACCCAGUCUUUCUUAGAACUUUAGGAAAAGGAGACUGGUUUGGAGAGAAAGCCUUGCAGGGGGAAGAUGUGAGAACAGCAAAUGUAAUUGCUGCAGAAGCUGUAACCUGCCUUGUGAUUGACAGAGACUCUUUCAAACAUUUGAUUGGAGGGCUAGAUGAUGUUUCUAAUAAAGCAUAUGAAGAUGCAGAAGCUAAAGCAAAAUAUGAAGCUGAAGCGGCUUUCUUCGCCAACCUGAAGCUGUCUGAUUUCAACAUCAUUGAUACCCUUGGAGUUGGAGGUUUCGGACGAGUAGAACUGGUCCAGUUGAAAAGUGAAGAAUCCAAAACAUUUGCAAUGAAGAUUCUCAAGAAACGUCACAUUGUGGACACAAGACAGCAGGAGCACAUCCGCUCAGAGAAGCAGAUCAUGCAGGGGGCUCAUUCUGAUUUCAUUGUGAGACUGUACAGAACAUUUAAGGACAGCAAAUAUUUGUAUAUGCUGAUGGAAGCUUGUCUAGGUGGAGAGCUCUGGACCAUUCUCAGGGAUAGAGGUUCGUUUGAAGAUUCUACAACCAGAUUUUACACAGCAUGUGUGGUAGAAGCUUUUGCCUAUCUGCAUUCCAAAGGAAUCAUUUACAGGGACCUCAAGCCAGAAAAUCUCAUCCUAGAUCACCGAGGUUAUGCCAAACUGGUUGAUUUUGGCUUUGCAAAGAAAAUAGGAUUUGGAAAGAAAACAUGGACUUUUUGUGGGACUCCAGAGUACGUAGCCCCAGAGAUCAUCCUGAACAAAGGCCAUGACAUUUCAGCCGACUACUGGUCACUGGGAAUCCUAAUGUAUGAACUCCUGACUGGCAGCCCACCUUUCUCAGGCCCAGAUCCUAUGAAAACCUAUAACAUCAUAUUGAGGGGGAUUGACAUGAUAGAAUUUCCAAAGAAGAUUGCCAAAAAUGCUGCUAAUUUAAUUAAAAAACUGUGCAGGGACAAUCCAUCAGAAAGAUUAGGGAAUUUGAAAAAUGGAGUAAAAGACAUUCAAAAGCACAAAUGGUUUGAGGGCUUUAACUGGGAAGGCUUAAGAAAAGGCACCUUGACACCUCCUAUAAUACCAAGUGUUGCAUCACCCACAGAUACAAGCAAUUUUGACAGUUUCCCUGAGGACAACGAUGAACCACCACCUGAUGACAACUCAGGAUGGGACAUAGACUUCUAAUGUAUUUCUCUUACCUGCUUCUGCCUUGCUGAAGACAGCUUUUUCUGAGACACAGCUGCCAGCAAACCUGAGGGAAAGAGAGAAGAUUAGUGCUCGGGGUCACCAUGAUGCCUUUGAUCGAUGCUGCUCCAGUAACUACAGUGGCAUUAGGACUUAUUGCUUAGAUGACAAUAGUGCUCUUUACAUGUUUUCUGUUUGAACCUAAAAUAGCAGUUGACAUGGUGGUCCUGAAGCAAAGCCUUUCAUCAGUAAAGAGAUGUUUUCUAUUGUUGCAAUGACCUUGCUUUGCUCUGAUUAUAAUUUGAAAGACUGUAGGAAACACUUCAAUCUAGUAUAGGAGUCUGUACCUUGCUAGAAUAUUCAAAAAGAUGAAAGAAUAAUAUAUUGGGUACAAUAGAUUACUAUGGUACAGAAACUGGGCUAUUCCCUUUCUUCAAGUGAAGGCUGUGGGAUCUAUUACUGCAGGCCGGUGUAUAUACCAUACAAAAGAGGACCACACAUCUGUUGGUCACAGAGUUCAUGUCACACCAGUGCUAGAAGUUUCAUGAUUUUAUUUCCCAGCAGUGCUGAUGACAAGACUGAAUGUUACCUUUUCUUUCUGACAGAUUUUAAAAAAUGAUAUGAUAAAAGCACAACUGCUAUAGAUUCUGCUGAGACCUCUCAUAGUAGGUAUAUAUACGUUUUCACAGAGGACUGAAAAAUAAUGCAUGAUAUUUGUUUUUUUUUUUUUUUGAUAAAUUGGCAUGAUAGAGUGGGAGAAAAAAGCAAUUCACAAAAUCAUUUCAUAUUUUUUAAAAUAUUGUGCUUAAAGAUGGUCCUGGAAGUAAAUGACUAGCAGCCAAUUGGUUUUACCUAACAUACCCUCAAACUGAGGCUUAAAGUAUUCCCUUUUAUAAAAAUAAACCCUUGGGGUGGGGUGGAAUGGGGAGGGAUUAAAAUUCAUCCAAAAAAUAAAUAAAAACUAUAUAGGUGCUAUGUAUAUCUUUCAUCUGUAAAUGUCAGUGUCUGAACAGAAAACACAAAUUCAAAUCAUUAUAUGUGUAGCCAGAAACUCAAGCAUUUUCACUAAAGUUAUUAAACCAAACUGCUGUCCAAUUUCACUUAUACAACAUAGUCAGUCUAGAGUUGAGAGACAAAGGUGAUCAUAAACCUAUUUGAACUAGCUUCUUGUCUUAGGCCUGAACCAAAAAACAGACAACAAACAAAAAACAGGAAUGAAAAACAAAAAUAAAAGAAGUAGAAAAGACAAAGAAAGAAAGCCCAAAGUCAAAGUUAAGAUUUACAGGUUUACGAGACCAGGAACAUUACUUAUUUGAGGUCAGAGAACAAAACAAGAACCUGGCCAGGUGUUGAUUUCCUUUUCUGUGAAUUAGCUGAGUCCGUAAACUUGUCUAAGUAAGAAAGGAGUACGGAGGAAAACAGGAACCUGAUUUUUUUAAAAAUAAAUUUUAAAUAGAACAGAAUUCCUACAAUUCUGCAAUUUCAUACUACCUAAAAAAGACUAGAUUUGGCAAUGUCAAGCUGAUUUACUUUAUUCACAUGGAGAAAAGAAUCCACAAAUUAAACUGAGUCCUUCACUGGCAGGCCAGUUGACUAUUAUUAGCUGUCAUAAGUAACUCAGCCAUUUGGAAGCAUUUCCUGGACAAAAUUGCAUUAUACCUAUGAAGAAAAAUAUAGAAGCUUUCAAGCUGCAUUCUGUUUUGGCACUGUGUGUGAAUUUGGUAUAUUAAAUUGAGGCUUGCUUUUUUUUCAGUAGAGUUUUCUUUUUAAUCAAUCAAAUGCCUACAUUUCUGGAAGAAAAAGUCCAAUUAGAUCAUUACACCUUAACUAAGAAGGCAAGUAUUAUAAAUUUUGCUUGAAUUGUUCUUACUCAGAACUACCUUAGAAUAUAUCUUAUGAAAAUAUAAUAUUCUCAAAAUUUUGGAGGAUAAAAUGAAAACGGAAUAAACUUCAAGUAAAACUUUAAUCCUAAAAUAUUAUUGUUAUUCUUAUGUUUCUGGGGUUUUCCCUCUCUUACAAUUUCUCCAAAUUGGUCUAUUCCCCAAGAUAUCCACUGUUUUCUACAGAUUUUAGAAUAUAAAAUCAAACAUAUCAACUUAAAAUCUAGCUAUGAAUGUUAUUCCAAGAGUUUUAUAUUUUUAAUUGGCUUUUUAAAAAUAUAUGAUUCCAACAUUAUAGUGAACGUUCAGUAAAUUUUGUUGAAAGAUAAUGUGGUUUAGGCAUGCUAAAGACUUGCUAGAAUACUAAAUUCACCUUGUUAUUUAGAAAGAGAAUCUGCUUCUGUAACUUUUUAAAAAUCUGCAAAGUCCCAGAGAUGAGCACUUACUAUGGAUUUUGGAACUAUGGUUCAAGUCUAAGACAACCAAUAUGAAUACGUUCAAUGGAGAAGGAAGAAGUAGCAUUCAGCACAAUGUAACUGUAGAUUGUUUCUUCCACUUGUUACUGCAUCUUUGUUCAUUUCACCCAUAGCAUUGCAUUUGAUGUCUGAAGCAAUCAUCACAAAAUAAAGGUAAACUACAUCUUCCAAGAUGUACCAACAGAAAACAUUCAUCUAAUUUUCAACAUUGAAUUUCUAGGAUUUAAAUCUUGUCUUAAUGAAGACUCUAGGGCUAAAAUUCAUGGUCAGUUCCAUAAAGUGCAUCUCACUCUAUUUCUGAAUUUUUCACAACCCCUCUAUUUUGUUACACUAAAGAACAUCUGCAUAAGUUAGAAUAGUGCCAACUUGUUUGAUUUGUUAUAUGAUUUUCUUGUUAAUGUGUUGAGUAUGGGAAAUAAGGGCUUUCUGUGUGUCUUGACUCACAGGAAAACUGAAACUGCCAAGGGAAACAACAUUAAAAUAACUGAGAUAGAUUAAAUACAUUUGAAAAAAUAAUUUCUGGAAAAAUGCUAUACAUGAUUUUUAUGUUUAUAUCUUCUUUCUUAUUAAGAUAUGAACCAGAUCCAUAUGGCAUUCAAAACAAAUUUAUUCUGAUUAUAUUCUUUACAAGUCAUAAUUUUUACCUAAAAUUGUGGAAUAUGCAUGUGAAUUACACAUGUGUAGUAAUAAACUCAACUAUUGAAUUUUUCCUGUUUCAUUUCUAAAUUACUGAACUGAUGGUAAACAAAUUUAAUGAAGUCAGCUACCAUACUGAAAAUAAGGAUAUUAGAACUGAUUUCAUACAACAGAGGUGAUCUGUGCAUUAUCCAUAACAACUUUUUCUUUCACAAUAGGACCACAGACAAAUAUUUAUGUAAAUAGAUAUUUUUGUGUGAUAUUUUGUGGUACAUAUAAUUUUUUUAGUGUUUCACAGCAUUAUUAUUUCAUUUUAUUUGUAUUGAAUAAUGUUUUUAGGUCCAAGUAGACUUGAAUUAAUGUCAUAAUUGUCAGUAUUAUUGAAAAUUAUGUCAACUGUACUGUUAUUCAUCUGUCCCAUAGUUUAGAACAUGACCUGGCUAUCUGGCAUUGUUGCAAGUGCCUUAAAUUCAUGGCAUCCUAUUAAAAAAACAAAUUUGGUGUUAUGCUGCAUGACAAAGACAAACACACCUCAAAAUGUUGUCCUUUCUUAGCUUGCUGCGUUUUACAGUUCUUUCUGCUAACAAUUUAUAAGCCUUUAUUAUAUAAUAUUGAUGAAUUACAGAAAUGAUGAAGUUGUUCUCUUAUUUCUGUUAAAUGUACCAGAGCUGUGUAUCUGUUAAUGAGAUACAGCGUCAUUUCUGUGAAAUGUAUAAAUGUAUGUGCAGGUCAAAUUAAUAUAUGACAUUCUAUCAGUCUGUAUACAGGUAUUCCUGUUUUGCUAAGCUGUGCAGAUUCUGUAAAAAUAAAUUAGUGCAGUCAAGUUCUAACAUAUCUCAUUUUAUGGACUCCAUUGACAAUGGUCCAACCCAAAAGAAAAAUUGGAAAUGACUGCUAACCACACCUCUUUAUGAUACCAAUGAUGAAAAAGUCACUUGGUGCACCUCUCAACAAAACAGGAUGCUUUCUCUGAGUUCUUGUAUAUGCAAAUCAUUUAUGAGGCAAGUUUUCAACAGACCUAGAAAGCAAAACAUUGAAAGUGUGUUGUUAGCCCUCCUCUCUGCCCCUGCAUCAACAGACAGAGCUCUGGGACCUUGGCAAUGACUCAGAGGUUGGGGCUUUCUGAGUAAAGGGACAUUUCUUUAAGCAUCAUCUAUCAAAUUUAUUUCAAUGUAUGAUGUUUUUACAACUGGUCAGUUCUUUGGUAUUCUUACAGCUAUGGUUAUUUGAUUGUCCUCUUACAAUUUGUUCUACAUGAAAGAGUUCUUUGUUAGUCAGAAUGCAACAAACUGUCAUCAAAUGGUCAUUGACCACUUGCACUCUUUUGAUGUAGAUUAAAAACUUUUUCACAAACUUAACCUGCUUUGAUUUGCUCUGUAUUUUUCCUGCAGCUGUAAUUGCUGAGUGCCUGUUGUAUACUUUAUAGAGUUGAAAUAAAAAAAUAAUUACUUUUGAA